UGGAAUGGAAUGGGGUGUUCCAUCAUGUCAAUAUCAAAAUUGGCUGUCAGUACAGUGGAUUGUUCAGAUUGCCUGAGUACAAUUACAUAUGCCAACGCUAUGAAUGGAAGAUAAGAGGGUGACUCUUUUGUCGGCCGAGAAAGAUUAAUUUUACCUGCGAUAUUAAGAAAUACUGUUGAGCAUAGCAAGGCGGUGUGUUUUUGGGGUGCGGAAAAGGAAGCUCUCCAGCCAUGGCUACGACUGGAGCAAAGCAAGAAAAAAGGGCAGCAGAUCCCACAGCUCUGAUCGGGAUAGAAAAUCAAAAGGACACUGCGUUAGAAAGGCAGAUGAAUGCAGAAGGUGAAGAUGCAGAGAUUUGUGUAGCUAUUGGGGACAAAAGGGUUGCCUUAGCAGAAGCGAAAAGCAAUUGGGAUAUAGCGGAACGAAAAGGAGCUGAUACCAUCUCCUUGAAGCGGUCCCGAAGAGGAACUCCUGGAUUUCUCAAAUAUGUUGAUAUUUCUUCAAAUCUAAAUCACACCUUUCUAACAAUUUUGUAAGGAUAAUGGAAAUUGAAACGGUCGGUACUUAUGUAGGACCAGAGAAGAAACUUUUCCGAAUCCAUCGAGGUAUACUUUUGUGACAAGGUUCUGUAUUUCCACAAGAUGUUUUCAAGUGGCUUCGUCGAGGCUCUUGAGAGCGAAGCAUUCUUUCCAGAAGACCCUCCACAAAGUUUUGAUCUUUUUUAUCGUCGGGUAUAUCUUGGUACAUCGCCAACCUUCAUUGCGUGGAUGGAAGUGGGAAGUCUUCAUUUAACUGGAACCCGAUAUUCUGUAAUUUCUUCUAGGUAAGCUCUUUUUGGUUGAUCUUAUAGAUCAAAUCUCUGAUAUUACAUUGAGGAACUUCCGAAACUGGGCGUG